AUGAAUUCUUUAUAGGUAUCAAUAUGUGAAUUGACAAAUUAACUCUUAAAAUGUAUAUCAAAGUAAGAAGAUUCUGAAAGCUUAAAAUUUGAUAUAAUAAAGAAGUUUUAAGAAAACAUAAAUAAUGAAGAAAUCCAUUAAUAUAUAUUUCAACUUUGGUAUAUACAUCAAUCAUAUUAGUUACAUAUAUUAUGUGACAGGUAAUCAACAUCUUGAAGAGUUUUUGAAGAAGUAUGGCCUGUUGAAUUCUUCAAAUUAUUAUAGAUUAGAAUGGACUUUAAAAGCAUUAAAUGAAGAGUCUAAAUAUUAUCCUAUAAAAGAGAGUUUCAUAAACUUUUAGACAGUAAACAAAGGAAUUAUUAUAGUUAAUUAAACACGAAUAUGUAAAUAAAGGAUUGACUAAUACAAAUAGUAGAGAAGAUUAUUUUAAGGACAGUAAUAGAUUUAUAUGAUAAUAAACUUAGUGUAUUUAAUGAAAGAAGCAAGAGCAAAUUAUUAAGAUAGAUAAGAUUAAUUAAUUUUCAAUUUAAUUGAAUAGAGUAUAAGACUUAAAGGAAUAGUGAUUGAAGAAAGGAAAUAAUAAAUGAUAACAUUUUUGAAAAAAAUUAAUUAAAACAUUAACUUUUUAUGGUAAUUAACUUAAUAAGGAGGUAUUACUAUACCAUUUAAUCAUGGAAUGAUGGAUUCUUGUUUAGUAGUUAAUAUUGUUGAAGAUGAAUUUACUUGUUUCAAUACAGCAAAAAGAGUUCCUUAUAAAAUUAUAGUAGAAACAAUUGAGUAUUAUUGAAGAUUAUUUAGUCCAUCUGAAGUAGAGUUUAUUAAGAGAGCCGUUGAAAUCUAUCAAAAUAGUAAUAAUGUUUAAGAAUUGAAUCCUUUUUAUGAUAUUGAGAAAGAAAUGAGAAAUAUUGCACAAUUAAAGAUACUUUAGCAAUAUGACAUAGAUGAAUUAAAAAAGUAAUGUAUCAGGAUAUAAGAGAUUGGCAUUAAAAAAAAUAGAAUUUCAUUUAAAUCCUGAGAAUUAAAAAAUGAAAAAGAAACCCAGAGAUAAAGAUAUUUAUGCAUCUUCUAUCAAUUGUAAUUCAAUAUGGGGAGAAGAUUGGAAUGUUACAUAGAGGAGAAUAUAAAAGAUAUCUUAAUAUAAAGAUCUUAAGACAUAUUAAAUUAGAUAAAUUAUUAUUAAGGGAGGUGAUGAUUUAAGAAAUGAAUUAUUAAUUAUGUAGAUGAUUAAAAAAAUAAAGCAAAUAUUUGAGAAACGUAAUUUAGAUAUCUUUUUAAGACCUUAUGAUAUAAUUUUAACAUCUCCAAAUAGUGGAAUAUUAGAGUUCAUUCCUAAUACUGUGUCUAUGGAUAAAAUAAAAAGAGAUUAUUAAGAAUUAAGUUUGAAAUAAUUCUAUUAAACAUUUUUUGAAUGUUUUGAAGAUGCUUAGACAAAUUUUUUGUAAAGUCUUGCAGGAUAUUCAUUAAUUUGUUAUUUAUUUUAAUUAAAAGAUAGACAUAAUGGAAAUAUUUUAAUAGAUAAUUAAGGACAUAUAAUACAUAUAGAUUUUGGAUUUGUAUUAAGUUUAACACCAGGUAAUUUAGGAUUUGAAUCUGCUCCAUUUAAAUUAAUAUAAGAAUAUGAGGAACUUUUAGAUGGACAAGGUAGUUAUUUCCACAAUUACUUUUAAACAUUGAUAUUUAAAGGUAUAUAUAUAUAUAAUUUUAAAUUUUAAGGUCUUAUGGCGUUGUAAUGUGAGAUAGAUGAAAUCAUAACAUUUGUAAAUUUAAUGAAUUUUAGUCCAAAACAUAAUCUGUUGGCUAGUUUGGAGAGAUUUAAAGUGGAAGACUUUCGUAAAAGAUUUAUGGAGAAUUAAACAUUAGAUCAAUUAUAUCUAAAUAUUUAGAAUAUAGUAAAAGAAUCUAGUAAUUCAUGGACAACAACCCUAUAUGAUUAUUUUUAGUAUAAAACCAAUACUAUAUAUUAUUGA